GAAGAAGUUAAAAAUAGUUCAGUUUAGUGAAAAGCCCGUGAUGCGAUGGUGAAAUACUUUGAUAUAUCGUCAUACUGUUACCCAUCUAUGUAUCGAACAGUUCGUAAAUGCUUAUGUCGAUAUAGUUUGACAUCUCUUCUUAAUAUCUAAGUUAAAAAAUUCUAUUUCUCUUUUAACGUAACGUAAAAUUUGCAUUUUUCUUUUCAUCUUAUUUUUAUUAAAUAACGUGUUAACAUCACGUUGUGUAUAUUAAAUCGAUCAUAUAAUGGCCUGAUUUAUAAACAACUUUCCAUCUAAGAACAAAUAAGAAUAUUCUUCCUCUUGGUAGCAUAAAGUAUGCAAGAUGAGCGGGGAUAAUAUUCAAAGUCAUUCUGACCAGAAUAUCGAAGAGAUAGAGUUGUCUGCAUUGCCGGUCUUUCCUAAUGUGAGUAAACCAUGCGUAAAAGUAUGGAUGGAUAAAAUGAGCAAAGGAGUGCUUUCACUCACUCACUUUAAAGAACAUUGGAGAAUUUGGGUUCCAAAGAUAUAUAGUCCUGAACCAAAUGGCAAUUGUUUGGAUUGGAGUUUUGACGAAGAAAAAGCACAAAAAAUACUUUACAAUACUUUGGAAGAAUUUAUUUGUAACGAUGAUCCACAAGUUGUUUUAAAACAACUUAGUCAAAUGGAUAAUCCUCCGUCCAUAUGUGGUAAAGUAUUUAAAAUGGGUGAACCGACAUACAGUUGCAGAGAAUGUGGUAUGGAUUCUACGUGUGUUUUAUGUGUUGACUGUUUCAAACAGUCUGCUCACCGUAAUCAUAAAUAUAAAAUGGGAACUUCAAGUGGUGGAGGUUGCUGUGAUUGUGGUGAUACAGAAGCUUGGAAGAACGAACCAUUUUGCAAAAUACAUGUAGUGGGAACUCAAUCGAAAGAAGCUUGUGGAAAUAAACUACCUGGUGAUAUCGCGGAAAGAGCAGUAGCCACUUUCGAGGCAGUAUUGAAGUAUUGCUACGAAUUGUUGUCGUUGGAGCAUACACCAGGAUUACCUUCUGAUUUAUGCGUAAAGGAAACGGACGAAGAUCCUUUAUCUUUAUUAGCCACUACAGAUACUUAUUGCACAGUUCUUUUCAAUGAUGAGACACAUACCUUUGAGCAAGUAAUAAAUACCUUAACACGUAUUUUAAAGUGUUCUCAAAGAGAUGCCGUUGAAUAUGUAACGAAUGUCGACAGAGAGGGUAGAUCGGUUGUAAAGUGCUCAGGAUUUCAACAUUGCAACGAACUGAAAUCUGAAAUUGAAAGAUUUACAUCAAGACAUAGCAAUCGAGCUUUAAAGGUUCUUGUUGUUCAUGCUCAUGUAAUUGCUCAUCAAACCUUCGCAAUGAAAUUGUUAAAUUGGUUACAACAAUUCAUAAGUUUGUGCGAAGGCUUUAGAAUACUGUUUAGCAAUGUUGCACUUAAUACAAAAUUACCAGAGAUAUCGAUCGUCGAAGGUAUAUUAAUGAGAGAUUCACAGUUAUGGAAGUCUGCUAGAACAGCUUGGCACAGAUUGUUUAUAUCUGGAAUGCUUAUGGAAUAUGAAAGUAAAAAAGCUUUGGCUAUUGUAUUUACUUAUAACUAUGGUUCUGUCAUGAAAGAUUUCAUAAGAGAUGAUCAUGAUCAUUCGUUUUCAAUCGUUUCAUUGUCUGUACAAUUAUUUACAGUUCCCACUUUAGCUCAUCACCUUAUAGCGCAUCAAGAUGUAUUAUUUAUUUUGUUGAACACAUUUAUUUCUGAGAGUUCGCGUAGGUGCAAUGCCGCGGGUAAAUUAGAAUUUGAAAGGAACACUCCCAAUACAUAUUUUAAAAGAGCUCAAUAUAUACUUUACGAUUUAAGAUAUUUACUCAGUGCGAAACCAGAUAUUUGGACGGAUGAAUUAAGACGAGGAUUUUUGCAAGGAAUUUCAUUAUUAUUAAAAUUAUUCUGCAGCAUGCAAUGUAUGGAUGCGGUAUUAAGACAAGUUGGACAACAUAUGGAAUAUGAACCUGAAUGGGAAUCUGCAUUUAAUUUGCAUAUUAAACUUUCACCAGUUAUUAGUUUAGCUCUUGAAUGGUGUGGUUCUGAUAGAAUUGUUUUAAUUAAAGCUUUCAGAUUAGUCUUAAGAAAACUCUAUGAGCAACCAGGAAUUGAAUCUGGUCUAGGUCAAGUCAGAGAGCUAGCAGAUCAUAGCGCGACGUGCUUACAAUACGACGUUUCUUCUGAACCAGUGUCUAUACAUCUUCCAUUGUCAAGAUUUUUAGCAGGACUGUUCCUUUAUCUCGAGAAACAUGAUUUACAUUUUCAAUGCCCUGAGUUCAUAAAUCAAACAAAAAUAACACCUGAGCAGAUCAUCGAGCCUGUAUUAACGGCUCAAGCUAUGAUAUCGCAAGUUCAUGCUGGAAUGUGGAGAAGAAACGGAUAUUCAUUGUUGAAUCAGUUGUAUUUCUACCACAACGUGAAGUGUCGUAGCGAGAUGUUAGAUAGAGAUAUUAUUUUACUCCAAGCCGGAGCCUCUCUUAUCGAGAGUAAUGAAUUUCUUAUACAUAUUUUGAACAAAUGCAAUCUUCUUAAUUGGGCGAAUCCAAAUUUCGAAGUAAAUGCAUUAAAAAAUCCAGAGGAAGAUAGUAUCAGACAAACGAUUAAUCUGGUAGAGGAAUUUCUUGGUUUGCUUAUAACAAUUAUAGGAGAGAGACACGUUCCUGGUGUCGGACAAGUUACUGCGGACGAUCGUUUGAAGAAAGAAAUAAUACAGCAGUUAUGCAUAAAGCCUCUUUCUCAUUCGGAAUUAAAUAAAACUUUACCCGAUGAUGUCCAUCUCGAAACGGGCAUGGAAAGAGUUAUUCACGAUGUGGCCGAUUUUAAGAAACCGCCGAAUACGUCUGCGGGUAAAGGUGUUUACGAACUGAAACCUCAUUUGUAUUCGGAAUAUAACGUGUUCUUUUAUCAUUACACAAAGGAAGAAUUAAGUAGAUCCGAGGAAGCUCAGAGAAAACGAAGAAAAGCACUUGGAGAAUUAGAAUGUUGUCCACCACCGAAACUCCCGAAACUGACAGAAGUGUUCAGUUUGGUUGCGAAUCUUUUGCAGUGUGACGUUAUGCUCCAUAUUAUGCAAACUGUAUUAGAACGUGCCCUCACGUUUGUAGCUAGAAGUUUUUCAGAACCACAAGUGCAUAAAGUACUUCAUCUUAUAGGAUAUGCACUUCAAGAACAAGAAUCGGGUUAUUAUCCUUUCCUUGUAUUCACAGAAAGAGCUGCAAAAUGGAAAAUUUAUAAAUUACUGGAGGACUUGCAAAGUAGUCCUCGUAUAGAAGCACAUAAGGAUUUACUUACUUGGGUCCUUACUAAGUACAGAGAAGUUGCUGGUUCUACCGCGGUAGAAAGUACCACUACUGCUGCUUCUACCACUACUGUAGCUACCACGGAAAACGUUAGCGACGCGGAAUCUAAUAAAAAUGGUAAAGAAUGGAGAACGAAGAUGGCAGCUUUAAAACGUGCUAAGAUUAUGACGCAAAUGGCAGCCAUGCAGAAGCUUUUCAUGAAAAAGAAUGCAAAGCUGUUCGAGACAGCAACAUUAGACGCGAGUAAGAGCAGCGAACGAGGAUCAGCUAUGGAUUUGACGGAAUGUUCGGAGAGUUCAUCGCCAGUUGCUGCCGGUAAUAAUCAAGCGAGUAAUUUACCAGAAGAGAAAACAUACACAUGCAUUUUAUGUCAAGAAGAUCAAACUGUAACGGCGACCGGUCCAGCAAUGGUACUCGCUGCUUUUAUUCAGCAAUCUACCGUGCUAUGUCAAUACAGAGGAAAUACGGAGGAACCUGAUCCGCUAUAUCUGUCGGCUAAAUUAGGUGCAUCGCCGCAUACCAGCACGUGCGGUCAUGUAAUGCACGCACAUUGUUGGCAAGAAUACUUUGAUAAUGUACUUGCUAAAGAAAAUAGACGUCCAUACCGAUUACGACAACCAGCAAGUUUUGACGUAGAGAAACACGAGUAUCUUUGUCCUCUUUGCGAAUGUUUGAGUAAUACCGUUUUGCCACUUUUACCACCUUUAGGCGUGCUGCAAUCCCGUCCUCAAAAUCAGCCGAAUUUGACUUUCGAGAUGUGGUUAGAGGCAAUGAGGUUAACGUUAGAUUGUAAAUCGAAUACAAGGUAUCUAAAAACACAGUCUCUUAAAGAUGUUCACGAUCCUGUUUGUCGGUAUUGUACAAGCGCAAAAGCUCAGGAUGCUCACAUUAUUGGAAGUGAUAAUUCCGUAGAGCACGAGACAUUCGCGUGUCCCAUUAAAACGCUUCAUCAAGAAUUUGGUACUGUUGGUGCUAUCUUUGAGUCUACUUACUCGCAAUCUGGUCCAUGUCUCUUAGAUAAUCUUGUAACAAUGAUACAUCUAUUUGCACAGGCGACAUAUACGAAAGGGUCUGGUGCUGAGCCAUACGAAGCAGACUCCAGAGUACCCUUGUUGGCCUGGAAAUCAACAGCGUACACCGUUCAUGCUAUCGAAUUUCUUAUACGCGACAUGGACAAACCUUUGUUAGGUGCUUUAUCUUCCAGACAAAGAGACUGCUUGGAAGGUCUCGCCAGAAUCUCGGCCAUUUUAGGAGCUACAUGUCUAAACGGAGGUUGUGGAAGCCCAACGUGGCCGGAGAAAAAUAUUACCGGCAAUCACGCAUUUGCCCUUCUAACGAUAUUAUUAGAAAAUCCACCGGAGGGUCCAUCCAUCUUAGAGUGGGAUCCGUUUGGUGUUUUGAUUCCACUGAUUAAUUCUCUUCCAACUCUUUUCAAUACAAAACCAGAUACUCCACCUCCGAUAAUAACAGGAGGCAUAUUCGAAUCGCACGCGUUGAUGCUCGUGUUCUUAUCCCUAAUAGUAAAAAUUAUACUGACAACUGAUUUUAACGAGAGCAUGGAUAUAGACAGCCAAGAAACGGAAGAGUGUACAAGUUGUACCGUGAUUUUACCGUUGGUUCAAGCCCUCGGAGUGAACAUCGUUAAUGAAACUGCCAGUGAAUUAUGGAGACGCAUCAAAGAAGCUUGCUUACCAUUUCUAAGAUGUUACGCACUGUAUUAUCACUUUGUCUCAGAUGUUCCAGCACCGGAGGAAUUAACUAAACUAGGCGGUGAUACGUAUGAGAAUAUAUGCGCGUACCUUGGAUUGCCGAUAACAUGCAACGAGUUGUUAGCUCCCAAAUUGGAUACUAUCAUGCAGUUAAUAGACAUAUGGAAAAGUCAUCCCACUGUCCAAGCUCAUCUUGCCGGGACAAGUCCAGUCGUGAUCAUAAAAGAACCAUUAAGAGUUAAUAAACUGGUAGAACUUCCGGAGGAUUACAGCGAAUUGAUAAAUACAAUAUCAUUAUUUACUUGUCCUAACAGUGAUCGGGAGGACUCGAGGAAUCCUACCAUGUGCCUCGUUUGCGGAGAAAUGUUAUGCUCCCAAAGCUAUUGCUGUCAAACAGAAUUAAAUAAAACGAUGGUCGGAGCAUGUACUUAUCAUGCGACCAAAUGUGGCACUGGAGUCGGAAUGUUCCUACGAGUACGCGAAUGCGAGAUACUCUUCCUGAGAAGUCCAAAUCGAGGAUCAUUCGUUUGUCCACCUUAUCUCGACGAGUAUGGAGAAACGGAUCAAGGUUUAAGAAGAGGUAACCCACUUCGGUUAUGCAAAGAAAAGUAUAAAGAGUUAAAUCAGAUGUGGCUCGGACAUGGAUUACACGAGUCUGUAGCAAGAGGCAUUGAAUCUUCGAAUAACGUUAUGACGAUGCAAUGGCAACAUCUAUAACCGUUCUAAGCUUUCUCGUGGAAUUUAGCUUGGAACGUUUAACUGAAAACACACUAAAUUUACAUUUUAGCCAUAAGUGAAUGUAGCAGUUAGUGUUAUCUUUGUUGAUCAUGUGCUCGAUUCACUGCAUGACACUGAUAAAAAUUAUUUAUUCUAAGAACAUCAUAUAGAUAAUUUUGUAUAUUUAAGACAAUUGGAUGUUAUCUCCCUAUUGCGGCAGCGUUUCAACUUAUUUCAGAGUUUACGGAAUUUCUAUUAUUAUGUAAAUUAAAAUACAACAUUCUUCAUAAUAAUUAACAAAAUGUUGUAUCGAUUUUGUUGCUUGUAGAAAUUAGUUUUGCUUGUAUCAUUAUACGAUCUAUCAUUAUCAUCUUCAUUAUAAAGUUCUAAUAAUCUAAGAAAACAUUGUGAAAUAUGUAAACCAAUUUCUCAUAGGUAAUGAUCAUUUCAAAGGACAAUUGUACGAAAUUAAUUUCACGGUUUUCUUGUAUAAAUGCUACUGUUAAUUGUGUUUACAGAUAACUCGUAAUACGGACUGUUACGAUUUUUAGAUCUUAUGUUGGUUUCAGUACUGAAAAAUGGAUUAUUACAUUACAAUAGAUGGCUAGAAAAAUAAAGAUCGUUAAUAUUACAAGAAUUCAAAUACUUGGUAGAGAGUGAAAUAAAUAAUGUGGCAUAAUCCCCGUCUUUUCAUUGUUAGUCUUGGUAACGGAAGGAAACGGUGAACUAGGUAUUAGAAACUAAUCUAUCUUCUUAUACCUUAACCAAUGUUAUUAUUAUGCUACGAUAUUCGUUAUUUAUUUUAACAUUAUAUUUUUAUCAUUAUAUUAUAUAUAGCUUGCACAGUGGAGUUGGAUAAUAUGCGUAUACAUAUGUGUACCAAAUGUAACGAUACAACAAUCAUGUAAAUAUUUGCUGUGUUAUCGGUCGAUUCGAUUGAAAAAUGUAGUUCUUGAAUAUAUAUAUAUGCAUACACACACACACAUAUAUAUAUAUAUAUAUUAACGUAGUUGAUUAGAUGCUUGUCGCGGAGAGAAAAAAAAGAAAAGAAAAUGUUGACCUUUAUUUCGUAAAUCAUCCUUUUAAAUACAUUUUGUGGUGUUAUAAUUUAUUUGUAGAAUACAGGAUAAUAUAUUGAUUUACAUCUUGUUA